AUGAUCUCAUGCUCUCGCUGGCAUACCUGUAAUGAUGAUGAUGAUGGUGUCAGCGCGGCGCUCAGGUGGCCUGACCAAUCAGCUGAGAUGUCUGCUCGAGUGAGGCCUCUGGCCCCGCCCACUUUUCACUUGGAGGGGGUGGACCAGGUUGCCAUAGCCACAGAGGACAUUAUAGAAAAGAAGCACCCAGAUGAUGGAAAUAACUUCAACAACAACAAUAACAAUGAAGAUUUCAAACAUUUGUUUCAUUUAUUAAUUGAAGUUUACUGUAAAUAUUUGUGUUAUUUCAGGAAAAAAGAGAAGAAAGAAAAAAAAGAGAAGAAGGAAAAGAAAAAACAAACAGAAGAGAAAGAGAAAGAGAAAGAGAAAGAGAAAGAGAAAGAGAAAGAGAAAGAGAAAGAACUACCAAAGGAGAUUCAGGUUGUGGAUCCGGCGGGAAACACGUACUACAACUGGCUCUUUGUGAUCACGUGUCCUGUGAUGUACAACUGGGUUCUCAUCAUAGCGAGAGCUUGCUAUGAAGAAUUGCAGACAGACUAUUUGAUGUUAUGGUUCAUCCUGGAUUUCUUAUCUGAUCUGGUGUAUGUGCUCGACAUGGUGUUCAGGACGAGGACAGGAUAUCUGGAGCAGGGGCUCCUGGUGAAAGAUGAGAAGAAGCUUCGUGAUCGCUACAUGCAAAGCAUCCAGUUCAAGCUGGACCUGGCCUCUAUGAUUCCAACCGAUAUUUUAUACUUCUACUUCGGGCUGAACUACCCCGAGAUUCGCAUGAACAAGCUAUUGAGGGUCAAUCGCUUGUUCGAGUUUUUCCAGCGCACCGAAACACGGACUAACUUUCCGAACGUGUUCCGAAUCUCCAACCUCGUCAUGUACAUUGUGAUCAUCAUCCACUGGAAUGCCUGCAUGUAUUACUCCUUCUCCAAGGCAAUGGGCUUCGGGACAGACCCUUUCGUCUACCCGGACACCUCGGACCCAGAGUUUGGCCGGUUGGUGAGAAAGUACGCAUAUAGCAUGUACUGGUCCACGCUCACGCUCACCACCAUCGGUGAGACGCCCCCCCCUGUCAAAAACGCAGAGUACUACUUCGUGGUAAUGGACUUCCUGGUCGGUGUACUGAUUUUUGCCACCAUUGUCGGUAAUGUCGGCUCCAUGAUCACCAACGCGAACGCGGCACGAGCAGAUUUCCAGGCUCGCAUCGACGCUAUCAAACAGUAUAUGAGCUUCCGAAAGGUCACCAAAGACCUGGAGAAACGGGUCAUUAAAUGGUUCGAUUACUUGUGGACCAACAAGAAAGCGGUGGACGAGAGAGAAGUGCUGAAGUACCUGCCGGACAAGCUGCGGGCAGAGAUUGCUAUAAACGUCCACCUAGAUACUCUGAAAAAAGUGCGCAUCUUUGCGGACUGCGAGGCCGGGCUGCUGGUGGAGCUGGUGCUGAAGCUUCAGCCACAGGUCUACAGCCCCGGAGACUACAUCUGCAAGAAGGGAGACAUCGGUCGCGAGAUGUACAUCAUUAAAGAAGGAAAGCUCGCUGUGGUGGCCGACGAUGGAGUCACGCAGUUCGUGGUGCUGAGUGAUGGCAGUUACUUCGGAGAGAUCAGCAUCCUCAACAUCAAGGGCAGUAGAGCAGGCAACCGAAGAACCGCCAACAUCCGCAGCAUCGGCUAUUCAGACCUCUUCUGCCUGUCCAAAGAUGACCUGAUGGAGGCGCUAACUGAAUAUCCAGAUGCCAAGGCCAUGCUGGAGGAGAAAGGACGACAAAUUCUUAUGAAGGACAAUCUUCUGGAUUUAGAGCUGGCCAAGCAGGGUCCCGAUCCCAAAUACAUGGAGGAAAAGGUCGUCAAGAUUGGUAGCGUGCUGGAUGACCUUCAGACCCGCUUCGCCCGUCUGUUAGCAGAACACGAAGCUGCACAAGGCAAACUGAAGAAGCGCAUCACUAAAUUAGAAAAGAAGAUCACAGACUCCAGUGGAGUGGCUCUCUCUGAGAUGCUGGACCCGGAACUGGCGACAGCAAAGAAAGAAGAGAAAGAAUAAGACGAAAGCUGCAAAUAAACCUGAUUAGUUUAAAUUAGUUUUAAAACUUUGAACAGAAGCCUUGUGUAUUUUGUGCUCCAUCUUGGGUUCUGACUGCAUUUGUGGGGAUGAAUAAAACUGUAGAUACACAUCAGCUCCUGCCCAACAUCACAUUCAUCCUGGGCUGUCAGUCUACCACAGCAGUGUCUGAACAACACUGAGUGAAGAAGAAGAAAUCUGAGUAAUCUUUGUUUGGUUCUUUCAUCUUCAUGGAACAGGUAGCACCCAAAUGUAAGAUAUUGUACAGAUGAUCGGUGUUCACAGUAUGCAUCUGUGGUUAGUACUGAUUAUAUCAUGUUAUAAACGUGUUGUUUAUUCUAUAAUGUC